AACGUAGUGCAACGCGCCAUUUUAAAAACACCGGCAUUCGCGUAAACAAAACGUUAGCGUUGGUAGCUUGGUCGGCUUCAUAAUCCAUCGUAAUCAUGAAAUUAGUCAGAUUUUUGAUGAAACUAAGUCACGAAACUGUGACAGUAGAGCUGAAGAAUGGUACUCAGGUCCAUGGCACGAUAACUGGUGUUGAUGUGGCCAUGAACACUCACCUGAAAGCUGUCAAGAUGACAAUGAAAAAUCGUGAACCAGUGCAGCUUGAUAGUUUGAGCAUCCGAGGCAACAACAUUCGAUAUUACCUCUUGCCAGACAGCCUGCCAUUGGAGACACUGCUCAUUGAUGACACGCCCAAAGCCAAGGCUAAGAAGAAAGAGGCUGCCACAAUGGGUCGCGGUCGUGGAAGGGGCAGAGGCCGUGGCCGAGGACGAGGUGGUGCUAGGGGCCGAGGACGGCGGUAGACAUCGGGCAAGGCACGAAGGUGUGCAAGCAAGACGUCGCCUUAGAAGUGCAGUGCCAGUUGUGGGGGCUGUGUUCGGAGUCACUGCAAUUAGGCGGAGCAACAGUUUUUUCUUUUCUUCAUCCUACUGGCCUCGCCAUUGCUGUUAUGUUGAUUGAACCUUCAUUCAUGUUUACUUUUCCAGACUUUCCCACAAGCUCCAGCCAUCUCAUAUUAAAAUAUCAUGACCCUAACAAAUAAUCAUAUGUUCACAUACACAGGAGGUGAAUCCUAAUUAAAAUACUUUGCUUUAGCUGCGUGUUGCAUACGUAAAGCCAUUCAAAAUAAGUUGCUCUUCCUCAAAGCAGUGACAUGAGGCUUCCUUUUGCAUGGGUAUUAACUUGUACCGUAGCAUCCAUUUAUGCUGCACUGGUUUUGCUUUUGAUUUUUACAUUUGGGACUACAUCACACAUUUGCAUUGUACAUAUAUACGAACUGUCUUAUCAUCUGACAAAUAUUUGUUUAGUUGAACUUGCAGUGAAAUAAAAUGCAUGGUGCCGCAA